AUGCGUUUCCAAGUCGUGGUCGGCGCUGCCCUGCUGCAGCUCCAGGGCACCCUGGCAGCACCUGCAUCCACCGCCUCGUCGGAUCUUGACAUCCAAAGUAUCCUCAAGAACCUCAACAUGACGGACGACCCGCUUCGUGCGUGUCCUCUUAUCGCCCGCCGAGGUCUCAAGAUGAAGGGCUGCCCCACGGAGACGAUCCCCACAAGAAUCGGAACCCUCCUGGACGAGCCCGUCAUAGACUCGACGGCAUCUUCUUCGUCCAUAUCCAAGCGCUGCAUCUACCGGCGCCAGGAUGGCAAUAUCGACCUCGGCGUCUGCCCGGCGGCCGUCUGCGAAGAGGGGAACAUCUGUGACAUCGCCAAGUCCAAGCGCUGCGUCAUGGAGAGGGAGGACGGCACCGACUUCGAGGCCCUUUGCCCGGCACCCCUAGAGGAGGAGAAUCAGGAGGAAGAUGAGUGCGGACCCGGCGAGUCCUGCAAGAACAAGAGAGGCGAGCUCAACAACAAGCGGUGUGUCUGGCGCAGGGUCGAUAUCGAGGACCCUUAUCUCGGCGUGUGCUCUUUCCCCUCGUGCGGUCUUCGCAGCAACGAGACGUACUGCCACGAGGCCAUGGACAUAGCCAGGGACCUCCAGCAGCAGCAGGACCCCGCCCGCAAGAAACGCAGCCUCGAGUUCCCCGGCGUCCACAUCUCGCCCGUCUCUGGGGGCGUGGUCAACACCUACCACGGCGGCUCGGCCACGGUGGACAAGAUGGCCCGGUCGUCGGGCCUUCUGUCGCCCUUCUUUGAGUGUGACGCCAUCGCGCGCAGGGGCGAGGAGCUUCCCAAGCGCUGCUUGCACGGCGGCCACGGCCCCGUCAUCUUCCCCAUGGUGGACAAGACCACCGUCACCGACACAGCCAAGAGAACCACCUCGUCAGGGCUCUCGUCGCUUUGGCAAAAUUGUUUGGCAAUCGCGCGCAGGGGUGACGAGCUGCCCAGGCGGUGCAUCGGCGAAAACUUCCCCAACCCCACCAAGUUCUGGGGGGCCAACUUCCCAGAGACAGCCGCGACCGCCAAGAGGACCGUGCCGUCGGGCCUGGCAAGCCUCCUGAACGACUGUGACACCAUUGCCCGCCGCGGCGAGGAGCUUCCUAAGCGGUGCUUCCUGGGCGUCGGGCCUGAGAUCUACGAAGGGCCUGUGCAGCUUGAGGACAAGACCACCACCGCGGCGAGCAAGAGGACGGUGCCGUCGGGCCUGGCAAGCCUCCUGAACGACUGUGACACCAUCGCCCGCCGCGGCGAGGAGCUUCCUAAGCGGUGCGCACCUUGGACGACCUACCAAGGGCCUCCUCUGCUGCCUGAGGAAGAGAUAGGUACGCUCAAGAGGGGACAAGAACACCACGGCGAGGAGAAGAAGAGACCCCAUGGGAACCAGGACCACACUCACGCGGCCAAGACGCAGUAAGAGAACAACAGGUCGUCGUCCUCGUUGCCGGCGUCGCUGUGGGAGGAUUACCUGGGAGCACCAGGGGGAGGUUGAUCGAUCGAUCCAUGCUCUAUCGUCUCUCGCCGUGGGGACCAGGUCGUGAGGAACUGUGUGCCUCUCAGCUUAAAAAAGGGGGGGGGGGGGGUAAUCCUGACAAGACCUAGGAGAGGAAAGAGUGGGAGGACAGCAGGCGCAGUCUUGCAGGGAAUUAAUUGGGUGGAAGCAUUUCUCAUGAGGUAAAGCCAAACACCCAACCUUCCUUUUUCUCCGUCUUCAUAACAGAAGAAGGAAGAAAAGGGGAAGGAAGGAAGCCUCGUGUACCGAUGUUCUCGUC